AACAAAUUACUUCGCAGAUUCAUUCGACUUUUGAUGAAUACUUCUGUUUAACGUAAGAUGCCGGAUUGAGUGUAAAAUUUAAGAUUUAUAUCAAGCCAUCAUGGCUUUGAACUGGUUUUUAAUUUUUACUUUUGUCAGCUAUUUGAAUAAAGUGUCUCUUCAACCUAAGGUUGUAUAUAAUCCAACUGAGUUUCCAUACUCAAAAUGUUCUGAAAAUGGUGCGAAUCGAGUGAAUUGUGAAAAGCUUAAUAUGAGUUACGAAAGACAAGAGAAAGAGAGCGUGUGGCCACCAGGGCCAUACGCAAUACCAAUGUGUAAAUAUGGCUGUCCAGAAUCACAGUCUCGAGGAUGGUCGAAAAGCAUUUUAAAGGUCAAGAUGGUAGAAUUUAGUGAAAAUUCAGAAAUUGUUCCUACAGAUUUAGAUAGGAAUUGGGAGCCUUAUUCCUCGUAUGUAAACGAUGACUAUUUCAAACCGCCACAUCGUAUAGAAAAUUGGACGUUUUUAUAUUUUUGCGUGAAAUUCCGAAAUGACACUGCACUUGAUAAGGAAGAAUGGAUUCCAGGAAACUACAGCAUUUAUAAGAUCGGAUCUUCGUGUCCCAUGGAAUUUGAAGAAUCUACCAGAACUUUUCCUGUCACUGAAUUUGUGCCACAUGGUCAUGUUCCAGAUAUUGCAGUGAGUGUAGAAGGUCAAUCUGAAAUGUUAUUUAACAUUAUUAACAUUUCAAUUUGCAAAAGAAAGAAUUUGGCUGACAUGGAAUACGUUCAUACAAAUGAAACAUUUAGAUUGUUGGAGACUGAUUUCAUUCUUGAAAAGGCAAGGGCUUUUAUUUUAUAUAUGUAG